CGCAAGGCAUUGUGGGAACAUGGAGGGAAAUGUGGGGAGAUUGGAGGAAGAAGCGCUGAAGAGGAAAGAGAGACUUCUGGAUCUGAGGAAGAAGCGGUUACGAGAAGAUGGCGGCACAGACGGCGAGGAGACCGAAAAGCAGGAAGAAAAACACCGAGAGCUGAAACUUAGGAACUACACCCCCCAGGACGAAAGUCUGAAAGAGCGUCAGAUAGCGCCCGCCAAACCGGAGUCCGUGGAGGAGAAGGUGAAGGAGCAGCUGGAAGCCGCCAAACCGGAGCCCAUCAUAGAAGAAGUGGAUCUGACAAAUCUCGCUCCAAGAAAGCCGGACUGGGAUCUAAAGAGAGACGUGGCUAAGAAAUUAGAGAAGCUGGAGAAACGGACGCAGCGAGCUAUCGCAGAGUUAAUCCGAGAGCGGUUGAAGGGUCAGGAGGAGAAUCUUGCGGACGCGGUGCAGGCUGCUAAACAGGAGGACGAGGAUUCUGACUGAUCGUUGACAUCAAAUCGGAGACAAGAUGAUGAUGAUUCUGGCGUUCUGUUAUGGAGGACUUCGCUGGAGGUCGAGACUGGAUACGGACAUGACGAGGAGGGUACCUUGGUCCUACUGACGCCCCAGGGGACAGGACUGUGGAAUGUCAGCCUCUCUGCCCAGUGUCUGCUCCUGCUCUACCCCCGUCUGCUGGGACUUGUGCAUUUUAGCACAAGGUGAAGGCGGCUGAGAUUUUUAUAUUUUGUAUAUUUUUUUUUGUUGUUUUUUUUUAUGCAAUAAAUAUUAAGUAAAA